CCCCCAGAGAGCCGGCGGAGCUGCGGCGGCACCGGAGGGGGCGGGUUCGGCGAGGGUGCGGCCUCUGGCAGCGGGGCGCACGACUUGCAUCCCCCGUGUUCACCAGGGCCACUCCAGAGCUUCGCGGCAGCCUGCUGCCCCACUUGGCCAUCCGCUCCGUGCUUCUUCCUCGCGCCCGCCUCCUCUUGUUACCUCCCGUCUCGUCUCACCCUUCUCGCUCCAUCCCCGCCGCACACGCCUUCAUCCGAGUGCUUCAGAGAGCCGGAGGCCGAUCGCCGGGGCGGCAGGGCGCAACCUUAAGCGGUCCCCAGCUCGACACUGAGGGGCACAGGCAACAGCAUGGACACCAAGCGCUGCUUCACCAACCACUUCGAUGACUACCAGGGCAGCCUGCUGGCGGGCCACUGCGAGGAGGCGGUGGCGCCCUUGGUCACCGCCACCAUCGAGCGCAUCCUCCAGGAACUGCCCCCACUUGAGGGCAGCGCUGAGGCCAGGGGGGCGACGGCCGGGGCGAGCGGCUGCGACGGGGGGCUGUACAGCGGCGUGGCCGGGGUGGCCUACAUGCUCUACCACGUCUCGCAGAGCCCGCUCUUCGCCGCGGCCCGGGAGCGCUACUUGUGCUCGGCCAAGCGCCUCAUAGACGCUUGCGCCCGCGCCGAGGAGUGGGGCGAGCCGGACGCCGACACCCGCGCUGCCUUCCUGCUCGGGGGAGCGGGCGUGUACGCGGUCGCCACGCUCGUGUACCACGCUAUGGGACGGUCCGACUACGUGCAGCCGUUGGGCAAGUUCCGGGCUCUGUCCGCGGUCUGCGCGCCCGUCUCUUUCCUGGAGUGCGGCUCCGAUGAACUGUUUGUGGGCCGCGCGGGCUACCUGUGCGCCGCGCUCGUGCUCAAGCAGAAACUCGCCCAGGAGGUGCUGACUCCAGCACAGAUCAAGUCAAUUUGCCAGGGGAUCCUGGACUCUGGGAAGCAGUAUGCCAUGAAGAAAAGGAAACCAUUCCCCCUGAUGUACUCUUACUAUGGAACUGAAUACUUGGGGGCAGCUCAUGGCCUGUCAUCCAUUCUCCAGAUGCUUCUUUCUUACCAUGAGCACCUCAAGCCUGCAGAUCGUGAACUGGUGUGGCAGAGUGUGGACUUCCUCAUGGAACAAGAACAGAAUUGCAACUGGCCACCUGAGCUUGGGGAGACCAUUGAGAGAGAGAAUGAGCUGGUCCACUGGUGCCAUGGUGCUCCAGGAAUUGCCUAUCUGUUUGCCAAAGCUUAUCUGGUUUCCAAGAAACCACAGUACCUGGACACAUGUAUCCGGUGUGGGGAGCUCACAUGGCAGAAGGGCCUGCUAAAGAAGGGGCCAGGGAUUUGCCACGGUGUAGCUGGCAGUGCCUAUGUUUUCCUGCUACUUUAUCGACUUACUGGCAACUCGAAAUAUAUUUACCGCGCCCAAAGGUUUGCUCAGUUCUUAUUUACUGAGGAAUUCAAGGCUGGAUCUCGGGUUCUUGAAAGUAUAUAUAGCUUGUAUGAAGGCUUCUCUGGGACAGUGUGCUUUCUGAUCGAUCUGCUGCAGCCCAAUCAGGCUGAAUUCCCUCUCUUCAGCGUCUUUGUUUAGAACAUUCCAUCUCCCUCUGCGGCCCUGAAGAAGUCCCCUGAGAUUUCUUGAGCCUCUCCAAGGCAGUUUCCACAUAAGCCACAUUCAAUGGUAUCACAACCAUGAGCCUUAACAUUGCCGCCAGAGGAAUGGAAUCAGGCAGGUGAAGGCAGCAUGAUACCAGACUGGAGAGAGAACCUGUGAAAUGUAGAUAUAACAACUCGCCUGAAAUGUUAGAGUUUUACUAUUUCAGGGAAUAGAUGUAAAACCAGACAUCAGAGGGAAAAGAGAAAGAGAAACGUUCUGUUUUUGAAGGAAUGACAUAGAAAACAAAAUGAAAUGGUGGCCAUAGCAGUAAAAUGCUAACACCUUCACAAUUGAAGACAGAAUUCAACUAACUGUGGGUGCCCUCCACACUAAAUUCAGAAAUAAAGACAAUCAAAAACUAAAUUUUAUCCUGGUGAAAACUGCUAGCAGGGAGGAAGUAUCACAAUGAAGGACAUAAAAGGAAACCCUUGGUUGUCCUAUGCCUUUAUUUAUUGAAAUUCAUGAUUUUUACCGAAUGGUGAUAUUUGCAUAUUAGUCUAUUUUUAUCAUUACCCUGGGCAUUUUAGAAACAUCAUAUCAUAAUUUAGACACUGAAAUUUGAAGUUUUCUUAUUCCUUAUUAUCUCUUUUCCUAGUUCCUUUUUCUUUCCUAAAGCUCAAUUAGAAUAGCAAAAUUCCAGGCUGGGGGUUUAGCUCUCUCAGAGUACAUGCCUAGCAUGUUUGAGGCCCUGGGUUCUAUCCUUAAUACCAUGGGGGGAUUCAUAAGCUAGAAAUACUGUAGCAAGUGUUGCUAUCUAGUGUUUAUUUCACCAUUUGAAGUGUAAGCUGUAUAUUUUCUAUAGUUAGUAAUUUUUUAAAUGAUUUUAUGUGCAUAAUCCCUACAAAGCUAUUAUCACACUGUAAAAUAUGCUCUUGAUAAAAACCACUCAUCUCAAAGAUCAGGGUAAUCAGUACAAAGGCAUGUUAUGUCUGCCUUUGAUGGAAUGUUAUGUCUCUUGGGACAGAUAGACACAGGCUGAGAAAGGCACCCGUGAUUAUGGAAUGUCUCUCCAUUUUAUACUGUUAGAUUAAGAGACAAAUUAGUUUGUUGGUAGUCAGCAUAUCAUCCAAGACACAAGGUACACUACAAACUGACCAUAAUACUCGUUGCAUCCAGUUAUCAAAUUGAAUCUUCCUGUAAACACAUAGAAAUUGUUCAACUGCUUCAGGUCAAUAGUGGAUUGCAGAACAUUGUAGAAAUGUCUGUCACUUUAAUGUACACUAUAUGAGUUUACCUUUGUCCUAGAACUUGAUCACUGACAAUUUCAUAUAUCACAUUAAGAAGGAAAUUUUACUGAAUAAAACUUAUUUAGUCAUUUGAUAUUUGGAUAUAUAUGAAUAUAUACAUAUGUGUGUGUAUAUAUAUAUAUAUAUGUAUGUAUGUAUGUGCGUGCAUAUGCUACGUCUAUCCCUAACCACUUACUCCUUAGUUUAGUAGUUCCUAAUUUAAGUCAUAGAUAGACUUUGGGUGGAAUUAGGGAAUAUUCUGUGACCUAAACACAUUUAUGUGCAUGUAGGUGUGUGUAAGUACAUGGACCAAUGUGUUUGGGUGUGUGUCCAUGUAUGCCUCUGCUUUGUGGAAGAGAACUUCUAGUAUCUGUAAGAGUCUUAAACAAUCUUUCCAAAGAAGAGUAAGAACCAGAACCAUCUUUUUAUAUUUUAUGAUUAUUUUUGUACAUUUGCACUCAUCAAGACAAAGUAGGACAAAAUUAUUUUGAAAAGCAGACAUAUUCUUGGCUUAUUGUUCCAUUUUCACAUCUUCAGAUAAAAGUGUAUACAAUUAGCCCCAGUUGUUCAUCUGUGAAUAUACUCAGUUUGGGGCAGCACCACAUAAGUAGCAGCUCUCAGAUAACUGCCAAAAUGAGUUCCAGAAGUUCUUCCAUGAAUAGGCAACCUUGUCAUUUCCUCUUAAGCAAGGCUUACUGCAAGAUGCUUUGUACAAGCAGUCUCCUUCUGAUGUGAUAGAGAUGUCUGCUUUUCACCAUUUCAUUUUAAAUUCAUUUCACACUGCCCCUAUAGGUUAAAAAUAAUAACUACCCAAUAUCAGGGAUUUAUUAAAAAAAACACACACAUGCUUUUUUCAUCCUUAAGCAAGCCCUGAAUGUAGGUAACAUGAUUGCUCCGAAGUUUCAAAGCUAGGUAGAGGUAGGACAGAGAUUCAAACCCAGGGUUUCACUUUCCAAGUUUAUUUGAUAUCCUCGACUAGAAUCUGGGGUGACACUAGUGAACAAAAUAUUCCUUUCCUUAAAGUUACUUUCCAUUUCUGUUUCUGUUUGCUUAUCUUUCCACUAUUCGUGCUUGAGACCUAAAACCUAAAGCACUAAGAAGUGUGACUCUAGCUCAUCUCAUCGUUCCUAGGAACUUUAGAAAAACCGGACCUCUUCCAUGCUUACCAACACUUUUAAGAUCUGGUAGGUAACUGACAGUUUGUGCUUACCAUGGUGCAAAGUUACUUCUUCUGUGUCAAACCCAAGGAAAGGCCCUGUUUGGAUACUGUCUUUCUAAAACGACAGCUUAGUAAAUUAGAAAGAAGGGUAAACUUGUCAGUACUUAAAUAUUGUUGAAACUUUUCAUUUUCCUGAAGAAAUAGAAUUGUAGUUUGGGAGAGGUCCUCUUCUAUCUUGUUUUCCCAAGAAUGGAAAAAAAAUCCCCUAAAUUUUGCUGUAGAAAAGUGUGGUCACUUCUUAUUAUCCACCUUGUCCCCUUCUAUGUAAUACUCUAGUGCUACAUCGUUUCUGCAGUACUAAAGCAUAUUUCCUCUUGAAGGCUACAGGGACAUUUUCACCACUACUAUUACUUUGAUAUUAUUUACUGUAUGUGGCACAAGCAGUUUAAGCCCUGAAGAUAAUUGUGGAAAUGUUUGUGGAUUCAUCAAGAGCUACUCAAUAAUAGGAAGAUUGCAUUAUAUUUUGAUAAUAAGAUGUUUCAUAAACUGCUACAAUUCUGUGGUGUUUUUUCAUAACAUAAUUACAUUCCUUUUCUUCCACAUAUCUAAAUGUUACAUUAUUUUUUUAACCAAUCUGAUUUUUCUCAUCAGUGUUUACUUUUUUGUUAUGCCCAUAAUCUUAUAACUGAGAAAAACAGAAGUUUGAUGGCACUUAUGAUCCUGUACUUCUUUGGGUAAUUGACAGUGUUAUUAAGAUAAUAAUGUUCAUAUACUGAUAACUCAAAAAACAAAUAGAAUCAAAUAGAAUUUUGUUUUUUGCUAAAUCACAGCUCUUCCAUUGGCAACCUACUCCUUUAACUUUCUUUGAUAUGCUAAGAUUAUAAUCAAGUUACUGUGAAAAUUAUUUCAAUUUCUGUAGAGAGCAUCCUUCAAUAAUUUUAAAAAUGUAAGGCUGUUAUUUAUAAUAUGUUAAGAACACUCACAGGACUGGGGGUGGGUAGGUCAGUGAUAGAGUGCUUGUCUAGCCAGUGUGAGAUACUGGAUUCCAUCUCUAGCAAGAAAAAAAAAGAAGAAGGAAGGAAGAGAGGGAAAGCAAAGAAAAUAUGCUAUGUUUUAAGUACCUAUUAUGUGCAUAGAAAACCAUGCUUAGUUAUGAAUUCCAGUAAAUGUUUAACGAAAUAGAAUCUCCAUAUGUAGAUGCAGUCCUUGAGGUCUGAAUCACUGAAUAGGUCAAAAUCAAGUGUACAUUUUUUAUAUUUUAUCACCAGUCCUGACUAUAGCUUUUGUGCCUCUGAAGGUUCUAAUUUACCAGGGCUUACUACAUAGAGAUUUACUUAGUUAGCCUGGGAGCUCCUUUUAAUGCAAAUAUUUAUUUUGUUUACUGAAAACAAAGGAUUAUAGUGCCAGUAAAAAUGAAGUAACUUAAUUGAGAAAUGAAGUAACUUAAGAAUUGAGUUUGAUCUGCAUUUUAAUUCAGGCCUCAGAGCUGCGUGACAUAUAGGAAUAGAAAUGUACUCUCAGCUGCACGUAAGAACUUCCUUUGGAGACCUGGGUUAUUGAUUCAACACUGGUUCAAAUUAAUAGCAAAAACCAGUAAGCAGCUUCAAAUUUGCCAAGGCCAUAUGAUCUUGGCAUAAACUUGGCAAGGAAAACAAAUGAGAAACCAAGCAAGGAGUAGAAGGUGUGGGCAGUUUGUUGAAGCUUGGCAUCUCAAAGUGAGUUGUAGAUGCACAUUUAAUGGUACUAAGAAUAAAUAUAGUCUUACCCAUGGGUUUUGUUGCUUCCUGGGACUUCUAAUCCUGAACCAUUCCCAAUGUCUUCUUUCUCUUUAAACAGCUCGUUCUGGUGGUUUUCUUUUUCCUAUGUCUACUUAAUCAUGUGACCUCCUUUCUCCAGGGAGGGUAGGUUUUCUCCUUAUCUCUUCUGUCCAUGUCUGUUCUUAGCUAAAAGCUCCAAGCUCAAUAAGGCUGGACUCCUCUCUGGACAGAGGGCUGGUCUCAAAUUUAGCAGCAGCAGGAGUUGAGCCUAUUCUGUAGUCAGAUCACAACUUAGCACAACCCACUACAGGUGCACCAAUUCAUGAGAAUAUGAUGGUGGCUUCAUUUGUCCUGCUUUCGCCCCUUAAAUAAACCUGGUCACUUUUUUAUUUUAUUUUAUUGUUGUAAAAAGAGUUGAUUCUAUGAUCAUAAGUCUUAUACUGGAAGAGCAGUCUCUCUCCUUAUUUCUUUAACCAAAAGUGUUAAUGAAUCGAAGCCUGAUGGAUGAUGCCUUUAGUGUUUAGAAGAAUAUUUGCUUGAAUUUUCUUAAAAUAUCAAACUUCGUCAUUUCCACUAGGACUGUUUCACACAUGGCAAAGUCCUUUAUCUGCAGAAUUCUUUACGUCUUCUUUUUCCAUUGUAUACCUACUAUUUACCCCUCUGAAGUGAAUUUAAACAUUUAAAGUGGAAACCAAAUCAUCUAUACUUUUGAUCUGGGCUGGGAUGAGGGAAAUGCUAGAGAGUUAUAUGAUUUAAAAGAACAGACUCUCCUCUCUUUGCAUUUUUAUUUGAUACAUAUUUAUACAUACUUAUGAGGUAUAAUGCAAUAAUUCCAAAAAUGUAGCUAAUAUUUAAUAAUUAAAUGAGAGUAAUUAGUGUAUCCAUUUCCUCAAACAUCGAUCAUUUCUAUAUACUGGGAAACUUCAGACUUUUCUAAAUAGUACGAAAAAUAUUAUAAAUUAUUUUAGACAGUAGUGACUCCACUGUGCUAUAGAACACUAGAAAUAAUUUCACCUGUUUAUCCUCUCAAUUCUUGCCUUUCUCCUCCCUGUACAAUAAGAAAGAAGAAAGAGCGGGAGGAGAGUUACACAGGAUUUAUUUCCCCCUUCUCCUCCACGUGUGUAUGUGUGUGUGUAAGCAUUAGCGGGAAAAAGAGAUGGACAUCCCAUUUGCCCCAAGAUCACUCACCAGAGGUGCUUGCUGCUACAGCAUUUACCCCUACUGUAACACACGGAUUACAGUCCUAACCUUACCUUCAAAGUUUGGCAUAAAAUGUCUGGCUUUAAUUAUUAUUAUUGUACUGUUCUCCUAAAGCGAUAGUUUUUGAAAACAAAAGACAUUCUAUUUAUUGUAUUCCGGUUUAAGAAGGUUUUCCAUUUACAAAAUACUGGAAUUCUUGAUUACUGAAAAUUAAAUGAAUGCUUGGGAUGAGCCACACUUCUUUUUCUAAAUGGGAAAUGGGAUAAGGAGAGUGUCACAUAUGAAAUAAACCCAACAUUUAGCUUUGAAAAAUAUCUGAACAGAUAUUUUAAGCAUAAAUUGAUUAAUGAAUGGAUCUUAAUGGUGUGAUAACUGCUCUCUAUUAAUUAGCAGUUAAUUAAUGAGGGCCUUAGUUACACUUCAAGCUGUCUAUCUUGAGCUUUCAUUUUUAUUAAAAAUUCUGCCAGGUUAAAGUCAUUAGUAGUUAUCUGUAGAAGAUAUCAACCAAGAGCUUCACAAAUACAGCAGCAGUGUCUGAUAGAAAUAUAUUGUAAGCCUAAAUAUGAACUACAUAUAUAAUUUUAAAAUUUUAUAGUAGCCAUACUAAAAAGAAAAGAUGAAAUUAAUAAUGUUGUAUUUGACUAAGGCCAAUAUAUCCAACAUAUUCAAAUAUUAUAAUUUUAAUGUGCCAUCAAUACAAAAUAGUAAUGUAAUAUUUUACCUUUUUUGUGCUAACCCUUCAAAAUCCAGUAUGUAUUUUGCAUUUACUACUCAUCUGAAGUUAGACUAGCUACUUUUCAAGUGUACAAGACCUGCAUGUGGCUUGGCGGCUGCAUUGACAAUACAGAACUGGCAUCCCAUUCUUCUUAGUAUUGAUAAGAUCUCCCUACUGCUUAUAUCAUUUUUGUUGUUAUGAAAGAAAAUGGAAACAGAACGCUGCAUACUGUAUGAGUACUAGACUUUUCCCCCAACUUCAACAGAGCAGUCAAAGAGUUCCACUGUGAAAAAACAGAUUCUGGGAUUAGAUAAGUCUGGGAAAUUCUAUUCUUUUACCUUCUUUUGGAGGUUACAUGGUAUGUUAACAUUACAGACUGAGAAAACACUCCUGGAUAAAAAAUCUUAUUUGAAGUUGACUUAUUGAACUCUGUGUCUACAGGAGUUGUAGAAAUUGCCAUAAGUGUCUCUACAUAAAAAAGCUUUGUGUUUUCCUCUCCUUCUCCAUUUUUUUUUUUUGGUACCAGGAUCGAACUUGGAACCUUGCACUUGCAAGGCAGGCCUCAGCACCACUGAGCUAAAUCCCUGGCCUCUCCAUUCUUUUUUUAGCUCAUCUCUACUUAUCUUUAUAUUCAGAAUCACCUGGAAACAAUGAUAUCGUUCAUGUGCUAGAAUAACCACUUACGUAACAAACUGAAACCAGAAGAUGGUUUUAAAGUCUUACACAUAAACACAGACCUUUAGAAAGCACUGAAAUACACACUUUCCUCUUAUGUUUUCAGAAAUGAUGAACACUCUAAAAAGGAGGAAGAAACAUCUGAACGUGUACAUGUAUAAACAUAGAAUCCAUAUGUUUAGAAUACAAUUGUGCAAGUCUUUCUUUUCAUAUUUUAUGUGCUUCAGUGUGUAUUCUUGUGUACAGAGUAGUUAUGACACAGUAAUCAGUUUAGAGAGUAGAUAGACUAUACUUGUCUACUGAAAAUUUAUAGCAGAUAAUCUUUUUGCAUCAUGGUUUUUAGUGUGGUCUCUGAUGUUGUCUCCUUCUUAAGUUUUGUUUUAAUAUCUGUGCUUAAGUGGAAAUUACCGGUAAAAUAAAUUUUGCCACUGAAUUUGGUUCAAGUUAACUGUGGUAGCUCAUAUAUGUGAUGUAUUCAAAUAAGCAGAUUGAUUUAAAUGAUCACUUUUGUCUCUGUUCUUUCGGAGUUAGUAUUUAAAUAUUAAAAAUGUCUUCUGAAGACUGUAGCAGCAAUAGAAUACUUUUGUUCUUGAAAAUUCAGUGUAACGUUUUUAUGUAGACUCUCCAGAACAGGAGAAUAAUAUUGCAAAUGCCAAAGUUUGGUUUUAGAAUCUGAUAAAGAAGCACAGGCCAUUUUCUAAAAAGGUAAUGGCUUUGUCAACUUUGAAUAUCUAGGGAAUAUCUUCUUGGAAGGGAAGCCUAAUUUUAAUCUUUUGGUUUUAAUGGAACUAAAUUAACAAAAGUUUUAAAACUGGGUUUUAUAGAAUACAGUUAUUAGGAAAACCCCUUUGUAAAGUCAUAUACAAGUUGGGAAUAAUUAAGCAUUGUGUAUUUGUUUUGGAAUGUGCAUUUUCCAGUGAAUUGAAUUUGCUUCACCAAAAAGCUUUUAUCCCCCCACAGGUUGCAAUACUUAUAGAAAUACAAUUGUAUCACUAGAGAAAAAGGUUCAUCUUCUUUGUGCUACUUUCAUAAGCAGAAAAUUAGUGUAAUCACUUACUUAUUUGAAGAACAGUGCAAAAGAAUAAUCUGUCAAUAUAGUAUAACUGCUUAUUCCUAAUUGUACCCAAGAAUAAAUAAGUACCAUUACUUAAAGUACUAUUGAAAUUUUAAGAACUAUUCAUUGAAUUAGUGUUGUUAAUAAAAUUGUACUCUUUGCAAAAUAUUUGUCUCACCAUAAAUGCAGAGUUAAAAAUGUAAACUUAUUUAAAAAUAUGCCAAAUAAUAAAAAUUAGUUAUUACCACUUUAAAAUCCUAUUAAUUUUCCUUAACAUUAAAUCUUACACCAGCUAUCUGUUGUAUAUAAUAUAAGUUUUUAAAGACUUGCACAUAAAAUAAAGGCAAGUUAAUUGACCACUUGCUAAUUAGUAUAUUUCCUCAAGGGGACUCUGAGGCACUUUAAAGAUACAGCAGUAGUAAUUAAUCCUACAUUUAGAGCAGAACACUUUGCCAGGUAUUUUACUAUACCACAAAAUGUCAUACAACUAUAUUUUAUAAUCAAAUUCUUAAUAUUCUGGUAUGUCACUUCUUAUACCAAAACAUCACUCUCUAGAAGUCUAUUAAUUGUGUACAUAAUAUUUUAAAAACAGUGAGAAUUUCAGUACUACUGAGAAAGCAUAAUGCAAGAUAUGACAUUAAAUUGAUCUUCAGAGAAAAUCCACUUAGGUGUUUGACAGGGAAACUAGCUAUCCUAAGGUGUAAUGUGUUAUUCUCAAAGUUAAAAUGAUAAUACAAAAAGACUUUGACACUGGCGUUAGUUGGUCCACAGACCGACCAAGAAGGUCCAACUUACAAAUGUACAAAUGUUAUUGGUUGAUCCUAGAGGGGAAGUCUACAGUCUGUUGAUGUUGCUUCUGCUCAUAGCCUACUGCAUGGUAUAAUGAAAUCUCUCUAAAAGCAAGACUGAGUCAAAAACUUAGAGAUUAUGCACCCUCCUGUUUUAAAAACGGUUGUUACAAUAUUCUAAACACUGUGACCUUUCGGAUGUGUUUUCUGUUAGUUUUGUACUGUAGAAAAUAAUUCACCAUAAACUGUGCUAUGUAAGUGUGUAAAGUGAAGUUAUUUAUUGGCUUAUUGCCCCCUUUCCCCACAACAUGGUCCACUUAAUAAUGUAAAACCUGUGAUAAUCCUUUGCCUUAAAAUAAAAUCUAAUGCUAAAUA